AUGUCAGCUCAAGGCUCGCGACUGCAAGGCAAGGUUGCCAUUGUCACCGGAGGAGGCUCGGGUUUUGGAGCUGCCAUAGCCCGCCGCUUUGGCGAAGAAGGCGGCAAAGUUAUUAUUACAGAUAUCAACGUCGAGGGCGGCGAGAAAGUUGCCGCACAGAACCCUGGCAACCUCGUCUUCCAGCGCAUGGAUGUCACCCAACCAGACGACUGGAAUGCCAUACUCGAAUUGGCUUUUUCAAAGUUUGGGAGGCUUGAUGUGCUGGUAAAUAAUGCGGGGACGACGUAUAGGAACAAGCCGACAGUAGAGGUGACAGAAGACGAGUGGGAACGGGUGUUCAAUGUCAACGUCAAGAGCAUCUAUCUCGCCGGCAAGACUCUGAUGCCGCGCUUGAUCGAACAAGGCCAGGGCGGGUCGAUGAUCAACAUCUCCUCUACGGGAGCCAGUCGACCACGGCCAGGAUUGGUCUGGUACAAUGCCUCCAAGAGCGCCGUGAGCAACGCCACCAAAGGUCUCGCAGCGGAGUAUGGCCCGCAGAACAUCCGCGUGAAUAGUGUCGCCCCACUGCUGUCCGGAACAGGGCUCUUUUCCAUGUUCACAGGCAUGGAAGACACCCCCGAGAAUCGAGAGAAGUUUAUUGGAAAUGUGCCGCUGGGCCGAUUGACCGAAGCGGACGAUAUCGCCAAUAUCUGCCUCUACCUCGCCAGUGACGAGGGUCGGUUUAUAAACGGGACUGAGAUGGUAGUAGAUGGCGGCAAGUGCAUUUAG